AUGGACGAGUCCAGGUUUCACUUAGACAGCAGCGACGGCCGUUCAAGAGUCUAUCGUCGUGUUGGAGAACGUUUUAGUGACGCCUGUGUUGUGGAGCGACGUGCUUUUGGCGGAGGCAGUGUCAUGGUUUGGGGUGGCAUCACGUUAAAUGGGCGAACACCUAUUGUGGUCAUCGAUGGCAAUUUGAAAGCCGUAUGCUACCGUGACGACAUUACCCAGGCUCACGUCAUCCCAUUUGUGCAAGGACAGCAACGUCACAUCAUGCUUCAGCAAGACAACGCUAGACCUCACGUCGCCCGGGUGGAUGGCGAGCUUUUCCUCAAUGCACAGGUUACAUUGGCCGGAGUUUCGUUUAACUCUGAGCAGUCAGGAAAACAAAAGACCACAGUACCAAAGGAAAACGUUGAGCAGCACCCAAAUGCCAGUGAUCCCAGCUACAGUUCUGACCAACCUUCGGGUCAAGUGGACAAGGAUGGCAAAAGAGAUCUUGAUGGCACUGACCAGUCAGGAAAACUAAAGACAACCACACCAAAAGAAAGUGUUAAGCAACACAUGGAUACUGAUGAUCCCAACUCCAAUUCUGACCAGCCUUCCAGUCGAGUGGAAGAGAAAGGCAACAAAGUCUUUGGUAUUCAAAUCAUGAUUGAUGUUCCAAUAGAGCUCGUCAAAGUUAUUGGAGUGUUUGUGGAAUUUUCAUCUAAUAUGCACCGUUACAGUUGGACUCCAUUACAACAUUUAACAGGUAGUCUUUGGACAAGUCCAGUUUUUAAAUUUUCUUGUAACAUAACUUGCUUGGAAUACCGUUGUAAAGUAAUAACAGAGAAAACAGGAUGGACACCAUUGGGGUUCAUAUCAAAAAUCUUUGGCAAAAACUCUGAGGAAAAGAUAGAUGCAGCAUUUAGGAAUGUCACAAAGAUUGGACCAGUUAUUCGUGACUUUUUUUACCGAAAUGAUGCUUACAGUAUUGAGUGUGGAUUGACACAGCAUGUUCAGCAGCUACUAACAACUGUUCACUCAGAUUGCUUAAAGGAUGUCGUCAUGCAGAUUGAUGAUCUAUUUUUGCUUGCACAAACAUACAUUAAGACCUACCACCUUAAAAAUCUGAAUAUUAAGAAUGUUUUGCAUGAACUGGAAGGAUUUUUAAGAAGCAUCAGACAUUACUGGGAAGUACACAUUUUGUUUGGCUAUGUCUGUGGUUUGCUAGUUGGUGGUGACACAAAUAAAAAAACAACUGUACUCAGGACUAUUUCCAAAGAAACAUGUUUUGGAAUACUGCAGAGUUUUAAGGAACUGACAUGCAAUGCACUUCCAUUGGGAUCACUGAAAGUGUUUGAGAAUAUUGUAUGGGAACUGUGUUUGAUUGCAUUUCCAGAACAAUCAAGCCACAUUGUGGAAAUGCUAGAGUAUUGCUAUCCUGCACUAGGAACUACCUUUAUGAUGAAGUGUUUUCGGUGGUCAGGCUCUUUUUCUACUUAUUGUGAUUUUGAAACUUGCAAUCAAAUUUGCCAAAAGAUCCUCAAACAGAAAGAAUCUGGAGAUGAGGAUGCCCCCCAAUUGUUGCUGACAUUUUUAAGACAUUUACCAGUAAAUGUCACUGUUGACUUGUUACACAACCUGAUUUUGUCCAAGUCAUUGCCUUUGAAUGAUUUGAUAAAUGAACUUGAAUUAUUAGUCAGUGAUCAGUGUAAGAUGUGUUCCAGUACAAAGGAUUUUAGAGCAUUGAUCAAGUUUGUUAACAGUUUAACUAGCAAACCAGAAUUGAUGGUUACUGAAGUGUCGAAAGUCAUUCAAGAUACUGUUGUGCAUAUUAUGAACAGGUUAAAGAAGUCAGACUCAAUUGAUAUUGAUGCUCUGAUAAAGCUUACAGAGUCUCCAGUUCUUUUCAAGUCCCAAGAAUCUUUUAAUAAUCUAUCUGUGAUGAUUGUUGGAUCAGAAAAUGCAUCCAUCCAUGGACUGUUUCUGAAAAGUCUUGAAGGUGAACAAAUUACUGGUGUAUCUGAUGAACUGGUCUCCAUGUGGGUGAUGGAAUGGUUCAGUACAGCAGUCAAGCAUCACUGCUGUAACAAGCAACACAAAUCUAAAUAUGAUGAUUUGCCAUUUGUUUAUAAACAUCUUCAUUGUUUGCUGAAUACACCACGUGUCUCAAAGACAGAAAGCUUGGCAUUGGAUUUAAAAGAGGAAGCAUUCAAGUUUUUAUGUUCCUUACCCUUAAAAGAAUUAAUAAAAAGUCUUUGUGGAAAGGGGUAUGCUGAAAAAUUUGAUUUGCCAGAUGUCUUCAGUGAACAUCUCAUCAAGUUGUGUAGUGAAUCUGGUGGAAAGGAAAAUAUUCUCACUACUAUUGGAACAUCUUCAACUGGUAAUGCUUUUGAUGUUGGAACUCGGCCGUUCAGACAGUUGUUGACGGUGGCUAUGGAUUUAUCCGGAUUAUCUGAAGCAGAAACAGAAGUGGACAAAUUGAGGUUGAUGCUGAAAAACAGACUGUUCUGGGUGAAACUUAUGAAUAUACAAGGUGUUUUGAGUAAUGAGGUGAAAAACAGAGAGGUUUUUGUUGGAGCACACAAACUACUCAAAUCAUUUACAAGACAGCUAAUUUCAGAAAAGCUAAGAUGUAAGGAUAUAAAGAAAUUAUUGAAUGUUGAGAAAGAUGUUAUAACUGGAAGCAUCACCGACUUACUAUGUUCAGUAGAACAAAGCAAAAAACAUGUGAUAAAUAAAGCAUGGCAGUCAUCAAAAAGACUAGUAAGAGAAGCUGAAAGAUAUCUUUCAGUAGCAUUAAACAUUGUGCAUCAUCUUGAUAAAGCAAAUACACAAGAUUUAUUUCUAAAUAUUCCAGACACAAAAUGGGCACAAAUCUGUCUUGAGAGAAAAAAACAAAAAUUAAAUGAUGAUCUACCUCUAUCUGAACUGUCAGAUGGAACAUUUCUUUCACCUUUAAAUGAUGAGGUCUUCAAUAAAAUAAUUAUUGAGCUUUUAGCUUCUCAAGUCUUUUUAACUGUUUGUAGAGAUCUUGUGAACAUGGCUGUAGAACAUCCACCAGAUGAUCUGAAAUCCAUUUGCCCAGAAGAAUCCUUGUCUAAAUUGUUUGGUGAAGACAGUGAUCCUGAAGAUAAUGAUCAUCGACAUGACCAGUUCCCCACUUCCAUUUUAUCUGUGCUAAAAAUUUUGAAUUCUAAGGGCAUAGAUAAAUAUGAAGCUGCAUGGAGGCCGCUUUUUUCAGGAGAUGAUUGUGAUAUUUCUGAAGUAAAAAAGAUUCUUGACAUUCCUAGUCUUGAAACAGAAAUAAAAUGUGCAGAACAAAUAUUGAAGAAAAAAAUACCAACUUGGAUUAGAGAUGCCAUGAAAAUGUACAGAGAGUAUGGUAUCUAUGAAGAAAAAGUACAGAUUGUUAAACAAAUCAUGAGUAUUUUAAAUACUAAUGAAAACCUAGACAUAAACUUUUGUAGGGCAGUGGAAUCAUUCUAUGCACUGAAAAAACAUACGUCACAUGGGAUAACACUGAAGCAACUUUCAGAAACCAAAGAGCAGCUUUCAUAUAUUCAUAAGAUUAUUGUUGGUGACUUUUUUUGA